UCCUAGAAUUCUAUUAAUAGUAAAUUUGUUUUGACUGAACUAGAAAACAAUUUUACUGAUAAUUUACACUACACGAAGGCAACCUGGAAGGAUCAUCAUGGCGGAACAGUUAAACAAUCUGACAGAAACAAAGUAUAUUGCUGGUAUGGUCCUUAGUGGGGUCGGUGACGCAUUAGGAUACAGAAAUGGACAAUGGGAAUUUUGUUCGGACGGGGAUCAGAUUCAUAAUGAAUUAUACAGUCUUGGUGGACUAAACAAUUUGAAAGUUUAUCCUCGUAAAUGGAUGGUUAGUGAUGACACCGUGAUGCACAUUGCAACAGCCGAAGCACUAAUUAAAACCGGACAAUGCACGGACAAAUUAAAAUUGUACAAGGACAUUGCAUUAAAGUACAAGGCGUGCAUGGGUGACAUGGCAGGGAGAGCACCAGGGAUAACAUGUAAACAGAUGUGCGAUAGACUUCGACCAUCCAUACUUCCUGAAGGAUUGAAAAUUCCAUUUAAUCCAAGAGGAGGUGGAUGUGGUGCAGCAAUGAGAUCUAUGUGCAUUGGACUACGAUAUCCUCAAGCGUGUCAUCUCGACGACUUGAUUGCUGUAAGCAUAGAAUCAGGAAGACUAACUCAUCACCACCCAACUGGCUAUCUGGGCUCGCUAGCAUCUGCUCUCUUUACAUCGUACGCUGUUCAAAACAAACCACUCAUAGAAUGGGGCGUCGGUCUGUUAUCAACAUUGGAGAAAGCCAAGAUAUACAUCUCAUGCGCUGAAAGCACAGAUCUCUUACAUAAGGAUAAACGCACCAUAGAUCAAAAUAUCAAGCAUUGGGAUUACUUUAAAUCCAAGUGGGAAUUUUAUCUUGGACUUAGAAAUAUAGCAGAUGGACAAUCAGCGCCGCGAUUUGCCCCUGAUGAGGAUCAGGUGGGAAAACGUGAUCAGUUUUACAGAAUGAUAAGUUAUGAUGACGUCGGUGGAGCAAGUGGUCACGAUGCUCCAAUGAUUGCGUAUGAUGCUUUACUGGCAUGUAACGGGCUAUGGUCUGAACUUUGUGAUCGAGCGAUGUUUCAUGGUGGCGAUAGUGACAGCACUGGUGUCAUUGCUGGCUGUCUUUAUGGCGUGUUCUACGGAUUGAGCGGUGUCAGUACUUGUAACUAUGAAGAUCUAGAAUAUUUUGAUAAGUUGACAAAUAUAGGCAAAGAUGUGUUCAUUCUUGCAAAUGAAGUUGAGAUGAAACCAGAAACCCUUGAUAAUGGACGUGACACCGACCAACAAAGUCGGAAAACUGCUGAAAGCAAUAAAACACCGGAAGUCUAUAAAAAUGAAGCUAAUACUGCAGACAAUCAGCGAGACAAUCAAAUCAAAGAAGAUACUGAUAACAGUGGCCAGAAGAAGAGUGAAAAAUCAUUUGAGGGGCCAAAUGUAAACGAACAGCCACAAGAGAAAGAUGAAAUAAGAGCAGUCGAUGACAUUGAUAAGGGAACAGGUCAAUGUGAAUUCAAAGAAUCCGAUAGUCUGACAAAACAAUCAAAGGACAUUGCUGAGACUAAGAACGAAUCUAAGGAAUCCAUUCUGCCUAAUGAUAUGAACGACAAAGCUCACAUUUUAUCAAAAAGCGAUGGUUUAGAUAAUACCAUAAACGAGACAGACAAUGGGGAUCAAUCAUUUGAGCAACUAAAUGUAAACAAACAGCCACAAGAGAAUGAAGACGAAAUGAAAGCGGCCGAUGACUUUGAUACUGGAUCAGGUCAAUGUAAACCCAACGAAUCCAAUUACCUGACCAGAAAAUCAAAGGACAUUGCUGACACAAACGCCGAAUGUACGGGAUCCAGUCUUCAGAAUGACAUGGACGACAAAGCUCAUAUUGUAUCAAAAAGCGAUAGUGUAAAUGAUAUUGUACACGGGACAGACAAGGGGGGACAAUCUGACUCGGUGUGCGUGGAUAAAUCAAACUGCGAUGUACACCAGUCAAAAGAUCAAACGACAGAAAGUUGUAACAACGAUGUUUCUCCGAUGGAUACAAGCCAAUAGUUACUCCGUUCACCGUGAUUUAUGUUUGUAACGUGUUAAUAACACUGAACAUUUAUAAAAGUUUACCAAGUAUUUUUUAUUCCUAUAAUAAAGUACGAAAGAAAAUUCGUUCUUAAGAUGUGACAGUAUGCUGAACAAAUUAGUGACAGUAUUGCCAUUCAGGUUAACUAUUGAAUAAAUACAGUACUUUUCACGUUCACGUUGUUUUAAAAGUGAGGACUUAUGUUCACUUGCAAUAUAUGACAAAAGUGAAUCAAAUCUGACAAAAAUGCUUUAUAUAUAACCAGAUGCUUUUCUAUAUAUUAUAUUAUUUAAAGAUUUAGUUCUGUAAAUAAAUGUAGUGGAACAAAUCUGUUUUAUUAGCUCUGUAAAUAUAUACAAUUAAAUAUUUGAAUUUGGA